AGGGCGUCGCGAAGUCCCCGGAUAGCCGACCUCCGCGUUGAAGACUCGUUCCGCGUUAGCUCUCCUCUAGAGGGACGUGACGCCUGUGCUGUCACAUAAUACUAACAAAAUGGCCGACGCUUCCUCCAUCACCGUUGCGGUCCGAGUCAGGCCCUUCACGAUUCGGGAAGCCGCGCAGCUCUCCAAAUGUCAAGAUGGCCCACUGUUCCUGGGUGACGGGUCUUUGGCCGGAGCACCGACACCCAAGCUCAAUCAGAAGGGACUUCGAUCUAUCAUCAAGGUCAUUGAUGAUCGAUGCCUUGUGUUCGACCCCCCAGAGGACAACCCGGUCCAGAAGUUUUCGAGGAGCGUCGUCCCCCAAGGAAAACGCGUCAAGGAUCAAACAUUCGCUUUCGAUCGAAUCUUCGACCAGAAUGCCUCGCAAGGCGAGGUCUACGAGGCCACCACCCGAAACCUUCUCGACAGCGUCCUCGACGGAUAUAAUGCCACGGUGUUUGCAUAUGGCGCGACGGGAUGUGGAAAGACGCAUACUAUCACCGGCACAGCACAACAGCCGGGUAUAAUUUUCAUGACGAUGCAAGAGUUAUUCGAGCGGAUAGACGAGCGAUCCGGAGAGAAGGCGACUGAGAUUUCGCUCUCGUACCUGGAAAUUUACAACGAGACAAUUCGCGAUCUCCUGGUUCCCGGAGGGAGCAAAGGAGGACUGAUGCUCCGGGAGGACUCCAACAAAUCGGUUUCGGUGUCUGGUUUGUCUAGCCACCACCCGCAAAACGUGUCACAAGUGAUGGAUAUGAUUAUGAGGGGCAAUGAAUGCCGCACCAUGUCCCCGACCGAGGCCAAUGCCACAUCCUCGCGGUCGCACGCCGUCCUUCAAAUUAACAUUGCUCAGAAGGACCGGAAUGCCGAUGUCAACGAGCCCCAUACCAUGGCGACGCUAAGUAUCAUUGACCUUGCGGGUAGCGAGCGUGCGAGUGCAACGAAGAACCGCGGUGAGAGAUUGUUCGAGGGUGCAAACAUCAACAAAUCUCUCCUCGCCCUGGGAAGCUGCAUCAAUGCACUGUGCGAUCCUCGAAAGGCUAGCCACGUUCCCUACAGAAACUCAAAACUGACUCGUCUGCUGAAGUUUGCGCUCGGCGGUAACUGCAAGACAGUGAUGAUUGUCUGUGUCAGUCCAUCAAGCCAGCACUUUGACGAGACGCAGAACACAUUACGGUAUGCCAACAGAGCGAAGAACAUCCAAACGAAGGUCACGCGAAACGUGUUCAAUGUGAAUCGCCAUGUCAAAGACUUCCUGGUGAAGAUUGACGAGCAGAUGGCUUUGAUCAACGAAUUGAAGGCUCAGCAGAAGGAUUCUGAGAGGGUCGCCUUCUCCAAAUUCAAGAAACAGACCGAAAAGAAAGACGCCGUCAUUCGCGAAGGAGUGGCUCGUCUUCGCAACGCAUACGAGCACUCACAGUCAGAGAGGCAGGAGCGGACGAACAACAUGAUUAAACAGAAGCAGGUCAGUCGACGGAUCGGACUGCUGUCUUCGUGGAUCGCCGCUUUUGACCAUGUUUGUGCAUGCUCGGAGGUCGACGAGGCACUGUCAAACCUCAAGGCAAUCCGAAAAUCCGCGCACGGGAAACUUCUCGAGCUGGAGAGUAGUAGGCAGCAUUACCAUCAAAGGCUAGCCAAAAGCACGUGGGAUCGCAGUUUGAACUCUGCGGUGGAACACGCCAUCCGCCAGCUCCAAGACUUCGAUAUCAGGGACAACAGCGACAUUGCCAUUAUCGAACGUGAGGCGGACCUUUUGAGAUCGAGCACUGAGCGCGAUGCCCUGGCGGCAGUAGCAGAAUAUGACAAGGCGGGCGAAGCGGCUACUAUACAACAACUUCUCCAGGCCCAGUUCGAACUGAUGACCGAAAUCGAAAAUCUCAUGCAACUGAGUGAGGAAGAAGCUGUCGAGCAGGGACAGAAAAUGCUCGCAAAGAUGCUCAAUUCCGCUUCCAUCGCAGCAUCCAGCAUCGUGAAACCAGAUGGUGGCGCAACACUUGCUCCGCCAUUCAGCCCUGUUAAGAUGAGUUCACCCAAGCAGAAGAAGAGACUGAGUCUCGCGACUGCGUUGCCUACAGGCCGAGCUAUGCAUGCGCCGGUCUUGACUCCCUCAGCGGCACCGCCUUCCCCUUCGAAGGGAUCCCCUCGACGUCGCAAGCUGAACGUGGGAAGAAAGAGUGUCAGUUUCUCGCCGAAGAAACCCCUAGCGAAGCCAACCAAGAGAGGAGUGAGAUGGAAGGAUGAUGAGGACGAGGGCACAUUGACGGAGUUCCAGAAAACUCCCCAGAAACCGCAAAUUACCACGAUACCAGAGAACAGCCCCAACGAGCCCACACUGCCCCGGACAUCGCCUAUUCCGCGAGGAAUUCCAGUGCCGUCUCGGAACUUCAGCCCUUCGGGCGCCUCGCCUCCCAUCUCCGCCAUCCCAGAGCCCACUCUUAAUAUCCAGAAGAACAACCGAUUCAAGGCCGGGUUCUUGACCAAAAAAAACAGCAGCUCUCCAAUAGCGCCACCUCCCACGUCGACGCUCCCGUUGUCCGGCAGCGAUGGCUCGCCCCUCCGCGACAUUGAGGGCAGCAGCUUCUUGAACCGGAGUUCCAUCGAGCGGCCGUCUCGGAUUGCGGUCAGAACUUCGAGUGGAAGCUACACCAGCAGCCCGGCAUCCGACACCAAGAACAGCUGGACGGCGAGCAAAGAUGAUGCGCUCAAGAUUACCUCUGCCAUGAGGCGGAUCUCUGGAGGGUCCUACGGUGUGGGAGGCUCAGCCAACGCGCUUCGCAUUCACCGGCGACGCAGCCCGACAUCGAACACAUACGGAAGCUCCCCGACCGAGCACAACACCAUGAACACCAUGUUCACGUCCCACGCAAGGCGACUGGUCAAGAGCGAGAAAGAACUAGAGGGCAAGCCCAGGGUGCUGAGUCCUCGCACCAUCCCCAUAAUGAAGAACACAAAUCGGCGUACCACAUUCGGAGGAGAGAUCCGACCACGGGAUAUCAGCUUCGCAAGCAGAGACGCCAUAAGGCUCAGCACGAUGGCCACCCCCAGCAUUGAGAGGCCCUCCGAGGGCCUCUACGGUGCCGGGUUUGGAUACAGGUAGACCAUCGCUUUCUAACUCUUCUUUCUAUUUUCUUUGUUGGUAGGCAGGUCGGCAGGACGGUGUUCAGGGGCGGAUACCACGCGCGUCACGUUUAUGUUGAGAUGCAGGCCGAACGAUCUGAGAUCCGGUCUUUCCCUCCUUCCUUCAUGUUUCUUGUUUGUUUCAGGGUGGUGUGCCUCAUGCAGAGCUUGGAAAGACACAAAGACACCGUGAUUUCAUUCCCCCUCGAUGUUAAAUGGUACUUCUUUCAUGGCAUAUAUUACUCUCGGGACGUGUACAAUAGCAGGACGAAUAUUUUACCCGGUCACUUUGUAUGCAGGAUGGAAUAGCUGGGAUUAAUGUGGACUCGAGAC